CUGAACGCGCGCAUCGUUCGUUAUAAGAUUAAUCGAUUAAUUUACAAUGAAUCGAUUACGCGUACCUGUAUUGUUUUUAACUGUAGUGUUGUGCGUUUUGGUUGUUUGUGAGGUGGAAGGCAGGGGGAGGAGUUCAAGGGAUUUACCAGUAGGAGUUUGUCCCGAAACGGUCAAUGUGCCGAAGACCAAAUGGAAAGGCGGAAAACGUGUUCAAUACGUUGAAAAAGUGAAAAAGAACGCGUGCUGCAGCGGAUGGUAUUACAACCGCAAGGAGAAGGCUUGCAAAGCUGUCUGCGACCUUGGCUGCGAUGGAGGCACCUGCGUGGAACCCAACGUCUGCCGGUGCCCCACCUCGCUAGUCCUCAAAGACAACAGGCAGUGCGUCCCCCCCACUUGCAAAGACCCAUGCGUCAACGCGGUCUGCGUCAGUGACGACGAAUGCAUGUGCAAUCCUGACUACGUCCCCCUCAACAACACUCACUGCGGCCCUCAAUGCCUCCCUGGUUUCCACAACGACCCAUCAACACUGAACUGCACUUGCAACACAGGCUUCAAAAUCGACCCAAAUAACUCAACAAACUGCCUACCAAUUUGCGAACCUGAAUGCGUCAACGCUACGUGCAUUGCUCCUAAUACCUGUUCAUGCCUUUACGGAUACGAUAAGAUGAAUAACUUCACAUGCAGUCCGAAAUGCGAUGAUUGUGACAACGGUGAUUGCGUAGCUCCAAACAUGUGUCAAUGUAAUGCAGGCUUCUCCAAAAAUAGCGUCGGAAAAUGCGUUCCUGUGUGCAGCAAGCCAUGUUUGAACGGCUAUUGUGCGGAGCCCGAGAAAUGCGGUUGUGACAGCGGCUACCAGCCCGAUAAUGAUCCUUACGUCUGCGCACCAGUGUGCAAAAUUGAAUGCGUUAACGCUAUUUGCGUUUCACCUAACAAAUGCUCCUGCCUACCUGGCUUUAGAGGUUCCGAAGAAGGGAACAUUUGCACUCCAGUUUGCUCCAAUUGUAUUAACGGAGACUGCGUAGGCCCUGAUGUAUGCAAAUGCCGUGAAGGUUUCAGUUUAGAAGCAGGAAUCUGCUCUCCAGUUUGCAAUAAGAGCUGUGUUAACGGAGAAUGCGUAGCACCAGAUACUUGCAGAUGUAAUGAAGACUAUAUGAGCAAUGCGAGUGACAGUCAUGUCUGUUACAAGCCGUGUCCUGGAGUGUGUGAACAUGGGACUUGCGAUUUGGAUGGAGUAUGUCUUUGUGAUCGAGGAUACGUGGCUGAGAAUGGCACGUGUAUCGAAUUAAAACCGGUGAACUGUGAGUCGUGCAACGGAACCUGCUCUGAUGGGGAAUGCUGGUGUGAUGAUGAUAAGCCCUGCUUCAGGGUUGAGUCAGCGGAAGUAGCGCCAACUACCACUCUAGCUGGUAUGGAGCUAUCGUGGGUUGUGGCGGGAGCCAUAAUCCUCCUCCUGCUCAUGGUGAUGAUCGUGGUGAUGCAGAGGAUCUACAGCCGCAGGAAGAAGUACGAGACCAAAACACCCAACUAUUACAACGCCUGCGGUAGUGUGGUAUACACAGUUCCUAAUACCUUAACGAAAGGGUUCAACGACCUCGACGAGGAAGAAAGAGAAGACACGAAAUCUGUUUACGAGAACGUGGAAGAAGAGAAACAUGUUCAGAAACAGCUUCUCUCUUCAGAAGAUAAUGUAUAGAAUUGGUUUAGAUUUUAUUUGUUAGGUGUUUAAUGAAAAAUGAUAAAAUUGCCAAAGGCAUAUAAAUAGGGUUGCCACAACAGAAAAUUAAUUUAUUGUUAUAAAAAUGACAAUAUAAUUGUAAAUGUAAAAUUAGAAGGGUUUGAAACAAUAAAGUAACCUUGUCUUAGAGUAUUAAACUAAGUAUUAACUAGGUUCUCCUGCAAAGGUUGCGGAGGUCAGAUAGGAGUCGCUUCGUGUAAAAACCUGAUUCACCUCUUGAUUGUAUAAUCCGAAGUACACAUGCUGGGACCAUGAGCCGGAGAGGGGAACCCAACCUAUUUUGGAUCAUUGUACAACAAACAAGAAUCAUAUCCAGCGAAUUUUGAAUAUAACAAAAAACAAUCUAGUUUCUAUUACGUAGGCACUAAAUACAUAGUACAAAAUUUUUAGAAGAAAUCGUUUCAAAGGUGUGGCAACCCUAUGUAAGAGAACAAUAGUUUGUUGUGUAUUUCGUUAAACUGAUCGCAGACUAGUCGCGACGCACGCGCCGCUGUCUUCGCAUUUGUUCAGACUCAACUUCAUUUUAAAUAAUUAAAAUGCGACGACUGCGUUUCGUACAGCGCGACCAAAUGUGCAGUAUCUGGCAACACUCUGAAAUUUGUUACGCAUUUGAUGUAAAUAAAUCAAGACAUUAAUAAAAAAAAAGUCAUAUUUUUGAUAAUAACUGAUUUAAUUUUUAACUUGAAUCAUUUUGAAUCAUAUUAAGUCUGUUUCUGAAACCAGAUUAUAAGACAUGUUGAGAAAAUGUAUUCUCAAGGACAUGGUCAAGAAAACGUAUAUAGAGAGAGAAUUACAAGUA